AUGAAGAGUAAUGGAGCAAAGAAGGCGGCGGCGGCGGCGGCGGCGGCAGUUGCGAUUUGGCUGGUGGUGACGAUGACGACGACGGAGAUGGUGAAGCGAGGGGAGGCGCUGAAUUGCUCGACGAUAGGGACGGCAUUUUAUAUGUGCUUUCUGUACAUGGAAGGUGAACACUUCCAGGAGCCGCCGCCGGAGUGCUGCGACGGCCUUAGGGUGAUUAAGAAGGAAAUCGGGUCGUCGCGAGACGACUGUCGAGCCGGCUGCGAGUGCCUCAAGUACGCGGCGUCGUUGUUCCCGAAGUUGCAGAAGCAACGAGCUGAGGCGCUGCCUGGACUCUGUCACGAAGACGUCUGUUUCCCUCCGAUCACCAAUGAAACCGAUUGCAGCCAAGUGAAACGGCAUUAG